GUAAAGAUGGGGACUGCUCAACUGCAGGGAAACUGCAGUGAGAUUUAAAUGUGUUCUAAUGGUGAAGCUUCAGUUCUGGUCUUGGUUUCACUCCCACUUCUGCUGCUUGGGAAUGCCUGGUUGAAGUGGGUUUGGGCCUCAGAAGAGCAGUUUGCUGAUCAGGUAUCAUUGUGCAGGGUGAGGUGAAGUGGGAUUCCCUGUUCUGAACAUCCUCUGCAAGUCCUGCCUGUGUCUGCUCCAGUUGCAUCUGAAGACAAGGACAGGAGAGGGGAAGCUGUUGGAUUUCUUGCUGUGGCUCAGCCUCACCUCCUGCUCUGCCUGCUCAGAAGCUGUGGCCAAGACCUGCUCUACACCUGAGCUGUGGGUUUGAGCCAUAGCUCGGGAAGCAGGAUGGUUCUGAAGAUGUACCCAGGGUGCUUUUAGUGCUCUGCCAUGGUAGGAAUGCUCAUUUCCUUUCCACCGGGGGAGCUGCUGCCCUGGUGAGCACCACAGCAAUGCCAGCAUUUCUUGUACCACCUGAACUGUGUCUGAGUGGCUGCUGUGCAGCAGGAAAGUUAUUUCUAUAGAGAUCUCCAGGCAGAGAGGGUGGGAGGAUGUGGCAGAUGCAGGGAGCGGUGCUGGGCUGCAGUGGGGACACUGACACCCAUCCAGCUGCCUGCUUUGAUGGAGAUACUUUAUCUAACAGUAAAGUUGCUGGCACAAGGUCCUGCUGUGAUCAUAAGAAAUUAAACUUAGGCCUUUGUUAUCUCACUGCACCCAAAACUGGGGCAUCGUCUGAAUAAGAUGUGUUAGAGCAUGAGGAGAUCAGGCUUUAGACGGGGAAGCUGACACUGAUGUGAAAUACCAGUGUAACAGUAAUCUCUGUUCCACUGGGGUGGCAGAUACUUGCACAGGUUAGUUACUGACAGAGCUGCUUUGGUUCCAUCCUGGCAUGGCUCUCCCUGCCACAUCCAGUAACUCAAACCCUACAUCCAAACCCAUUUGGUCCACCUGAAUAUUGCAGAAUGCAGGGCAAGCUUCUGUCUGUGGCAAGCCUCUGCCCAUUGCCCCAUGGUUAACUGGGAAGCUGCUGCUAUUUAAACACAGACUGUUGGUUUUGUGCUUCCUCUCUUGAAGUUAGACCUUUGCAGGGAUGUACUCCACAACUAUCAGGCUCGGAACAACGUGUCCCUGAGCUUCUGAUACUGAAGGUUCUGUUUCCCCAGGGUGAGAUCUGCAGAGGGCAGGAAGGAAGGAAGAACAUUUUACAACUCCAGGUAGUAAGGGGAACUUUAGUUUUGUGUGCCAUGAUUGUCAGGUCCGGCUCUCAGUAUUCCUGAGUGAAAAGUGACCCUAGGAGUUGCAUUUAGUUUACUGCAGACUCCUGUUUUGCCUUUCUAGAUGCUGAGAUUGGCUCUAGAGAGACUGAGGCAUCUCUGAGCUCACUGCUGCUGUGGCUGGGACAGAGCAGGGACACUGCACAUCUGAAGACUUCCUGCUUUCCACCAGCCUGCACAAUGUGUGCCUGCACAAAAGCCCUGAGCAGUGUUUGGAGGCAGCCAAAUGGCUCCUGGAGAUAGGGCUCUGUUAUCUGCAGCAGCUUCAGUGUCACACGGGAAGGAACAGCCCCACAACCUGACACUUCUCAGCUGUGGAGCUGGCCUGGACCAGCUCCAGAGCCUGUGGCCAGGUGGCAGCUCUGCAGGCUCAGUGCAGAGCGAUGAUAAUAGCACAGGGACUGUAAACAGGACACUCCACCCUGCCUCAGUGCCUCAGGCACUGUGCAGGCAGCCUCUGCACCCAGCAGCACCCUGCCCUUCCCUGGACUGUUCAGUGGCAGAGCUCUGUGGAAAGGAGCAGCAGUUGUUGCUGUUCAUGCAUCAAUAGCAUGAAUGGUGGUCAACCAUCACAGCUGUCACUGUAGGAGGCCAGGUCUCCUCUGCUCUCAGCCAUAGAAUCCACUGUGAUGGAAAAGACCUUCAAGUCCACCCCUAAACCAUAUCAGUUGUGUCUGUUCUUGAGCUCUUUCAGGCUGGUUUUGCCCACAGUGCCCAUGUUGGAGGCUUGGACUACAAAGGUGACCCCAGUCACUUGGGAUGUUCUGGUUUUAUCAGAGAGCUUUUGGGGUCCAUGGACUGUCAGAGCAGUGUGGGAUGGGGCUGCCCUGCUGCAGGAGGGUUCAGUUCCUCUGAGCAGCAGGAGAGGAAGAGACAGAUGCAGUCACAUGUAGUGGAGGUACAAGUGACUUUGCCUGUGUGGGCAAUGAGGCAUUGAAGAGGAAGCCACAAAUACUCCUGGGUUUCUAAACUGGAGCUCAUGGUACUUGUUAACUGUUGGGAGCAGGGAGUGUGCCUGGAACUGCACAAUGAGCCUUUAAUCCAGUGUGGCCCUUGUGAGGUGUGGCUGUGCAGGGCCUGAUGCUUCUCUUGCACUUCCAUGUGGCUUUUAGUUCCUGCUCUUCCCUCACCUACAGCUUGAAUUCCACUGCUCAAAAAUGUGAUUUUAGCUGAUGAAAAAGAUACAUUCACUAGGCCAUGUCCAGGCCUGUUAACUGUGACACUGCUGAGCCUUGGCCUUGGAAGUCUCACGUUCUUUCCUCCCCCUGUGCAGCCAGUGUUCCCUGUGCUGCUGCCCUGGAGAAGAGCUGCCCUCCCCGGCAGCCCCGUGUGCGCCGCACGUCCUCGCUGGACACCAUCGUGGGCUCCUACCUGCUGGGACAGUGGCCUCGGGAUGCUGAAGGAGCUUCCACCUCAUGCAUGAGUGACAAAGCUACCCAGACUCCAGUGUCCUGGCACGAUGUGGAAGUGGGGAAAGCCAACUCCAGUGCUCACAAACGUUCCGCUUCUUGGGGUAGCACAGACCACCGCAGAGAGAUUGCCAAACUGAAGCAGCAGCUGCAGAGGACAAAGCUCCACGGCAGAAGUGGCAGAGAGAAGGAGAAGAGCUCCCGAAUGCAGGGGGACCACAGUGUCCUCCCAGCCCUCCGGGACUCUCCUUUGGGCUUCCCUUCUCCAUCUCCCAUUUUGAGGCUUAGCCCCUGCUUGCACAGGAGCCUGGAAGGCCUAAACCAGGAACUGGAGGAAGCAUUUGUGAAGGAGCAGGGGGAGGAGGAGCUGCUGCGGAUCCUGGAUGUCCCAGAUGGGCACAGGGCACCAGCGCCUGCCCAGAGAGGCUCUGGAGCUGCGUCCCUGGUGCUGGAGCCUGGCGGGGGCAGCUGGAGCAGCCUCUCCCCUUCCCCCUCGGUGCCUCUGCACCUCUCCCCACACCCCCUGGGGAGGCUGCCCACGGAGGAACCUUCCUGUGCAGUGGAUGAGCUGCAGCCAGAGCCCAAAGAGAAAGAGGGCAGCCCCUCCCCAGUGUUGGCCUUCACAUCCUCCCCUCGCCCCAACCACAGCUGCGUGUUCAAACGGGAGCCUCCGGAGGGAUGCGAGAGGGUCCGGGCCUUUGAAGAAGCUUCCUCCCCCAGCCCUGAGCAGCCGUUCCAGCCUUCCUGCCCAGACAAGAACAAGGUGCAUUUCAACCCCACCGGCUCUGCCUUCUGCCCCGUCAGCCUGGUCAAGCCGCUCUUCCCAAACGUGGGCUUCCUCUUCCGGAGCUUCCCAUCCUCCUCCAGCCCCACCACGGGCACACUGACGUCCUGCCAGCCGCCAGCCCCAUUCCUGGGGCUGCGGAAGGACACUGCGGGCGGCAGCUUCAGCGUGGCCACAGCUCCUGCCCUGAGCUAUGAACCCUGGAAGCGUGGUCAGGCCGAGGACAGCGUCGUCUUCCACAGCUCCCUGGUGGUGUGAAUCCUCUGGGAGCGCAGCUCUUCCAGCCGCUGGAGAUUGGUGCCUUGAGGGUGGGAUGCGACAGCCACGGGGCAGCCCUGAUGCCAGAACUGUGAGGCAUGGAGCGCCUUGGGAUUCCUGGCUGCUGGAGAGGCUCCUUUCCCUCAGCCUCCCCUUGUCAAAGCACUUUCCUGUCA